GUAAGCGAUCAUGCUGUUGCCAAGCAAAAUAGGCGGUAUCUUGAUGUAGAGGAAGGAUCGGGGGGUAUUUUCAGCAAGAUUGGGGUUGUUUUUAGCCGGACUGGAAUUUUAAACGAGAACUGCAUGCCAGAGGAUUUCCGGCAAGCAUAUAACAACGCGGCACUGACUUCGUUAACCUAGAAGAAUCGGUCCUCUAGUAUUUGACGGUUCACGGCAUGGCGCCCUUCCUCACCAGUGCCCUAUCAGCGCUGGGCGGCUUGACGCUAUUGACCAUUGUCUACCCAAUCGUCAGCUUUGCACUCACCUACACCCGCCCGUCACAUCUGCACAGAUAUCUCCAUUCGACGUCCGGCAAGCCAGCCUGGGCACUCGUGACAGGCGCCUCGGCGGGGAUUGGGAAAGCGCUCGCGCACGAGCUAGCCAGCUCGGGCUUUAACGUCGUGCUACACGGUCGCAACGCAUCGAAGCUGGAGUCCGUAAAAGCUGGGCUACAGAAGGCGCAUCCAACCCACGAAUUUCGUAUCUUGGUCAUCAAUGCAUCGACCUGCGACGUCGAGCCGGCGGCCUGGAUCGAGGAGGUCCUUGAGCUGGUGCAGGACAUCAACUUGACGGUUCUGAUCAACAACGCCGGCGGGGCAACCCGCCCCACCUACGGCAGGCUUGAGGAGUACGAUGCGAAGAGUAUCAUAGAGACGGUGCAUCUCAAUGCUAUGUUCCCAGCCCUGAUGACAUCGACGCUGAUUCCAGUACUGCUAAAGAACAAGCCGGGACUGAUCAUCAAUGUUGGCUCCCUCAGCGACAAUGGGUUGCCUCUCUUGUCAUUCUACUCCGCGUCCAAGACUUUUGGCAGCUCCCUUGCCCUGUCGGUAGCGCGUGAGAUGGAACUUGAGCACCGGGAUGUCGAGGUCAUUACCCAUCGCGUGGGUCUGGUAGCGGGAACUGGAGAUAACACGCACAUUCAGCCAUCUCUCUUCGGGCCGUCGGGUGACGUGAUGGCAAAAGCGAUACUGGCGCGGACGGGGUGUGGCAGGAAGUCAGUGGUCCCUUAUUGGGGACACGCCGUCCAGCAGGCUGCGACAACCUUGUUUCCAGGCUGGCUUGCUGACAAGCUCUUCAUAUCUGUGAUGAAAGGACUUAGGGAGGACGAAUGGGCAAGGAAUAAGAAAUAGGAACAUCCUGAAGCUUACAAUCACGCUGUAACCAGCAAAAUGGAAUCAAUUGUUGGUCAGUGUCACCUCAUGGCUUUCCAGGACGCCAGAUUCAUUCUCACAGGGGUUUAGUACCAAUAAUGGCCUGUCGCAUUCCAAGCACUACAUACAUCCCAAGUUCCUACAGAAUUAUAAAUUUCGAUCUUGAUAAA